UUGAGCCGGAUUGGGUCGUUUCUCGUGACUGGUGGUGAAAUGGUGUGCCGGCUGGACGAGAACUAACCUGGGCAGGUUAACGUCAGGUGUAUUUAAAACAGCUUCAAGCUCAAAUAUUACAGGUAAAACCCAAGCGCUGCUUUCCACUGAAACCCAGCGGAGUAGCGACAGAAUCCACGUGAAUAUGGGGGAAGAAACCGAGAGCUCGGUGAAGAGAGAGAACCAGGACGUCAAGGAUGAAGAUACAGUGAAAUAUUACACUCGCGAGGAGGUGCAGAACCAUAACAUGAGCAAUGACACAUGGCUCAUCAUCCACGAUAAAGUUUACGAUAUCACACGUUUCAUGGAGGAGCAUCCAGGAGGUGAAGAGGUUCUGCUGGAGCAAGCAGGUGCAGAUGCUACAGAGAGCUUCGAGGAUGUGGGUCAUUCCACAGAUGCCAGAGAGAUGCUCCAGCAGUAUUACGUCGGCGAACUUCAUAUGGAUGAUCGAAAUAAAGUGUCAAAAAAGGAAGUUUACAUCACAACUUCCAAAGACUCCAGGUCAUGGAGCUCCUGGUUAAUUCCUAGCUUGGCUGCUGUGCUCGUGGGCUUCAUGUACCGUUACUACAUGUUGGAGCACAGAUCCUCCUGAACUCCUGCAAACUUUGUCACUGAUCUAUAUUUCUCUUGUCUGGAGGCCUUGACUUGUUUGAGUGAGUGAGUCCGCAAGAUCACUCUCUAAACUCGUGCCCAUCUUCUCAUCUUUAGUUUCCACUCAACUGGCUAUUUGGAGAAGCUCCAAAGCCCAUAGGCUUUUCUUUUUUGCCCAAAUUCGCAGUUCUGUCUAACCUGCAGGACUUAACCUGCAGCAUUAUCUUGGAUACGCUUUCUGUUAUCAGAUUGUCUUGUUUUUCUUUUCUUUUUUUUUUUAUGUACUUGGAAAUGACUUCAACUCCUUUAAAUGAAUCUAGAGUGUAGUUGGAAAGAUCAGGUCCUUCAGGGAUGUUCCAGCUUUUGAUAAUGGAUUUUAAUUCACUGAUCAUUUUGACAAAUCACAUGUCCACAGCCUUCACAUAGCUGCUUAUUUAUGUUUGUCAGUGAAUUGCUUUGGGGUUAUUACCUAAGGAUUUUGACCAAAUGAUUCAAGAAAGAUACAUCUCCAAAAGAAGAGAAUAGCAAGAGUCGACUCAUGCUAUUAAAAAGAAAUUGCUAUUUUAAAUAUAACAUGUUUAUAGGGAUAGUUUUCUGCCAUUGUCAAAUUUUGUCAAACUUGAAUGACUUUCUUCUGUGAAA